UUUGUGAAUGAGGAAUGGGCCACUCCUCCGGGAUCGCUUUUCACAAACCACACGCUGCUAUGUAUUGUCGGAGAAAUGCAGCAUGGUGGAAACGGUAGAACCUGAAAAUCGCUGAACCCGGAAAUUUAGUAGAAGAAAAAAAAACUAGAGGUAGUUUGGGGAAAGGGAGCUUGUGUGUGUCACGCUGUUACCGUUGUUUGGAAUGGGGAAGUAACAGUAUGGCGGCCAUGAAUUUGCGACACCCGACAGCUCUACUGUGGAGCAGUUUCAUCUCCAUGCGCACUGUCUGGUGAAACCAUUUUGGAAGGCGAAGGAACGUUGAAAACACAGCACCAGAAAAGGAAGUCUUUGUGAACAUAAUGCACCAGAAUCUCUCUUGGACGCAGGCGCACGUCUAUUUAUAGAAGCAGGAAUUUGGUUCUCGAGCAUCCCGCAGAGCAAUUCAAACUAAAAUCCGUCGUUAGAGUUUGAAGUUUUGGGAUUACAACAAGCUGAGAGCUUUCGUGCAUAGGCAGGCUACACAAGGCAAUUAGUUGUCAGAGGCUGCUCUUUGACCCUUUCCCAGCACAGCACUCGGGUCUGUUAUCCAGGAAGAUGUUUUCUUCAGACGGAAGAGGGUGGGGAUAUGACGAAGAUGAAGAGGUGAUAGGUGCGAUGGGAUGCCAUCUAACCUGGAUGGAUCUCCAUGGCAUCGAUAAGAGGACCUUGACGCUGGAGAAAAAGUUUUUGGAGGGAAGGGAUGCUGAUUUCGAGACGAGGCCCUCUCUUUGGCUCUCCCUCACCAAUCUCCUCGGCUUCGUCUACUACUCCCUGGGACUGACUGAAGACGCCGAGGCAAAAUUCGACGAAGUGGUGGCCAAGGAUGCGAGCAACAUCACUGCCUUGGGGAACUUGACGGUCAUCUACAGGCGGCAGUCCCGCAUGAAGCAGUACCGAGCCGGUUUAGAGACCCUCCGGGGGCUGCUGACGAAGCGGGACCCCGUCCACGUGGCUCGGUCUUACGCCGACCGGGCGUUCGCCCUCCGGCACUUCCAGGAGCACCGGAGAUGUUUCACGUACCUGUCGCACAUCAGCAAGGCGGUGCAGUGCGCGGAGGGGGCAUUGACGGUGCCUGAGAGGGCCGAGUGGAUGUACGACUACGGCUUGGCGCUGCACCGGCGGUACAUGCAGAUGCUGCACAGCGGGGCCGUCCAAGACGAGCAGGACACCGAACAAGGGAUGAGGGAGGUGGUGGAAUGCUUCCACCACGUGACAAGAGUGGAAGGAGUAGGCCUGGAUCUGCAGGCACUGUCCUGGGUCUUCAUUGGUGCCCUCCUUUCGGUCUGUCCCGGCAAGACGCUGGCGGACGCGCUGGACGACGAUACCUGCAACUUCACGGCCACAGACUGUUUUGAAAAGGCCCUGGAACUUCAGCCAGAUAAUGCCGAAGUCCUGGCGAGGACAGGAGCCCAGUUUACAGACCUCAAGAUGUACGAUCGUGCAAAGGAGCUCCUCGACCGAAGCCUGCACAAGAAGGAGUCUUGGAGCGCCUUGAGGAGUCGUGCUUCCCUGUCCAUGAAGAUGUACGAAGAUCAGGAUCAGAGGGAAACAUUUUCGGACAAGGACGUCGAUGAACUUUUACAAGUUGCACUGUCUGAUUUCACUCGGGCGGCGGAGUUGAAGGAAACUCACGCCGAUUUCUCAGACCUGGGUUACGUUUAUUUUUUGUUGAAGCAGCCCUACAAAGCUCUUCGGUAUUUCAGCAACGCCGUCAAGAGUGAGCAGGACGACGAGUUCGAUCUCUCCGUGACCCACGAGCGCUGGGCCACGUGCCUGGCGUCCCUCGGGGAGGAAGAGGGCGCCGCGAUGCAGUCCACCCAGAAAGAGAAGGCCCGCAGGAAGAUGAGGCAGCAGGCGACGGUCCUGGAGGACGCCUGGCGGCACCGGCACGGCGUGAACUGUCAGGGGUUCGAGUGCGACCUGGCCCGGUUCGACUACAGCAGCCAGGACCGGCCGGGCUACGUCAACGUCCUGGGGGACGACCACCCCCAGCCUUCGGCGGACGCAGCACACUACGUCAGCCGUAACCAGGGCGCCUUCAAGUACGACUUCUUCAUCAGCUUCUCGCACAUCGACAACAAGUGGUCAGUGGCGCUGGUUAGGCGGCUGGAGACGGAGUUUAAUCUCAAAGGGAACAUCAGGUACCGGGAUUAUCAACUGGGGGCAGCCAUUGCCGAAAACAUCGCCGAAUCUGUCUCCAAUUCCUUUCGCACAUUGAUCAUCAUGACUCCCGACUCUCACCGGGACCAGUGGUGUCGCUAUGAGGUUCAGCGAGCUCACAUGACGAACCUGCAACGACCGUGCGUGGUACCCAUCAUGCUCCGGCCUUGCCUCGUUCCCAGGGAGCUGGAACACCUCACCUUCAUCAGGUGCUACAAGGGGCAGUUCAGGGUCGAAGACUGGCACCGCCUCGGCCAAUCGCUGUGCCAGUUCAUUCCCGAAGCGCAACCCAACUGGCCGGCAAGAAGCAGAGAUGACAAUAUCGGCUCAACCUGAUUGGUCACCUGACUUGUCACACUCAAGUGGCACCUGAUUGGUUAAGAGCUGUAAAGAACGGACUACGGUACGUUUCUUUACUUUACACAGUAAGUGGUACUUCUCAACAGGCCUUAUUCAUGGCGUGGGGGCCAUUUUAAUCGUGUUCCUAGAAUCUGUCGUAUUCAGUUGUAUGUUAAAUUGGGUGGUGCUAGACUAUUUGGGGCUACAUGUCUCACUUUAACUUUUUAAAAAUGCGGCUUAAAACAAUUAGACGUAAUUAAUCACAAAGUAAAAGUUCUUCAUCAGAUAAACUGACAUUAAUUUGUCACGCAUUUCACUUUAGUGCUUUCAUUUUUGUUCAGAGGGGCAAAAAUUAAAAAAAAAAAAAAACCGAAAAACUAUCCAUGGUUUCAUUUCAAUAAGCCAACGUCUGAUGCAAUCUAGUUCCAAGAAUUUCGCCACAGUCGGUGACGGUUGUAAUGAUUAAGCUGUUAAAUAUUCAGUGGCUUCAAAAGGCAAACCUUUAACAACGAGGCAUGCUGCAGCGUUUGAAAAAAAAAGUACAAAUUCUCGUCUGGUGGCAACGAGAAAGCAGCCGGCAGAAACAUCAAAAAUCUCCCAUGGUUAUUCAGAUGUAUUUUCGAAUUCAUAUUGUUAAACUGUCUACGAGACUUAUUCAAAGUUAAACUAAUUCUACCUUUAUUUUUCGCCAUGUAAUCUACUUCUGUACAAUACACAGAAAUAUCGCUUAAUGUUUAAACUUUAUGUGGUAUGCUCAAUGGUACACAAAGCAAUCACUUGACAUAUGACGUAUAUAAAUUUACAAAUUUAUAACUGUUCAUAAUCUAAUAUAAAAUAUGUUUAUUUUUUAAACUGAGUUGAAUUCAAAUACUCUCACAAUUAACUUAUCAAGACAAAUACCUUUCAAAUUGACAUCAAUACAAGCAUUCGGCAACUGCCGGUAAUUUUGCAUUAUACAAGUUUCCAACAACAAAUUCUAGCGAGCGAGGUAAACAAGGAAGCUAUUACGAACUUCGCGUUUGAUGCCCUUUACUCCUGAUUUCCCCCUCCCCCGAUAGGAGGCAAAGCCCGAUGUCGUCAUGACAAUUACCUCAAAGUCAACCAAACAAAGCACUGGUUAAAUAUUACUGAUAUGCCACGGGACAUCAGGUCACAGUUUUGAUCAAUUGUAGCCAAAGCUAUGAAAAUGGUUUUGGGUUUCCUUGAUCUUGCAACUUGAUAGUGUCAUGCCUUGUGCAUGGUCAUGUGACUUGAGAAGUACAGAUCGACGUUGCACAUGUAAGCACCAUCAAAACGGCACUGGCCGAUCCAUUGCCUAUAAUGUUGCCACACUCUGUUUAUCUGGAUACAAGUUGGGGAUUUUUCGGCUGGGUCUUUUUUUCUGCCGAGAGAUGGUUAUAACGGCUCAGCAUUUAAAUGAUGAUUAGUAAAAAAAAAGUUCAUUGUGACACUAACUGCUCGGGGCAAGUGACAUGCGUCAUGACCACGGUUUUCCAUUGCCCAAAGAAGUGAGACUGGUUGGACAGCUGUCUGCGUAGUCUCCAUCUUCCAGGAGUCAAUAAUACACACUAUGGCCGGGUCAAAAAUGGGCACUGUGGCCUAUGGCUAUACGGCUAUUGCCCACACAGCGCCAACUGCAAAUUCUAAAAGCCGCAGCCCCAAAAUAAAAGCUUUGAAUCAAGCCCCAAGAGGUAUUCCCAACGAUCGACCAUGUCUGAAUGACUUAACCAAGACUGGCAACACCACAAUGACUGAAGACAAGGCCACUGGCUGCCAAAUAGGUGCACAUUAUUCCAAGCAGAAGCCAAAUGAUUUGGAGGUGGCCAUCUUUCCACUGACCCCCACCUGGUACCCAGAAUACAACACAUGGAACACCUUGUGAGGUCACCGUACCUCCCGUUUGCUAUAAAAUGUACCAUGCUGGCUUGAAUUACGUGGAUCAAUGGCAAAAAAUCAAGUUGCACACCGUCAAAUUUUUCUUUGUCGCUUAAUAAGCCGAUUUCUCACCCAAAAACGAUAUUCACUCAGUUUUCGUCUUUUUUUAAGAAUGGGCCUCCAACCAUGUCACAUGCCAACCAGAACAAUCAUAGCUAAGAAUCAGUGGCACCAAUUUCGGAAACAUAAAUACUGUAAUAGAUAUUUUCAGACAAAACCAAUAAAAAUCCCCCGCUCUCCUUCAAGCGCAAGUGAUUUCCUUUCUUGAAAAAAAAAAUACUGCUUCUUCCUCUUUCAGCUCAGCAAAGCAACUUUUAUCUCCCAAUUAUGUAGUUCCUGCUUCCUCUCUGGCACGGCAACUAGUAUGCAUGGCUGACCCCUGACCCGAAGGUGACCCCUAACUUUUGGCACCUUCCAAGAGACUUUCCGGAAAGUCAGGGGGAAACCAGCAUUGCAUGUGCAACAACGAGACAUCUGGAACCGUUACUUGUCUGGCAAACUGUGUUUGCAAGCAUUCAAAAAUGAGUUUUGUAUAUUCUAAACAUUUCUGCUAAUACAGCAAGAUUACAAAACGGGCAUACUGAUUUUGCCAACGGUUACUAUUUUCAUUGUAUGGUUUUGGUAUUUUUCCAUAGAUAUUACUACAUGAAAUCAAAUUUUUGCAUUUUUAGAGCCAAGUCCAGUUACUCUUUUGUUCAGGGAAGUGGAUUUUAAGCUUAGUAGUUUCAGGUUUUCGUCUGUGAGUAGUAAUUUCUUUCUGCCAUAAGCUGCCUCACAUUUUGAGGAGAUUCCUGCCAUAAAACACACCUUGGUGAAUUUGUUUUUGUAAUGCGAACGGUGGCUUGGCACUAAUUAAGCAACUGGGCACCAGUCAUGAGCAAUAUAAAUCAUUUGAUUUAGGCUGGUAACCUUAUACAGAAACUGUAUCCUAUACAGCACAUAUACACAUCUAUGG